AUGGCCCCAUCGCUCCGCGCGCAACUCCCCUGCGCCGCAUCCCCUUCGCGCGCAUGUCUCCCCCAUAGCCUUCCUGCCAAAUGCCCCUUACCUGCGCGCGGAAGUUGCGUGAGAGGGGGACCCGCCUUGCCCCUCUCCUCUUCACACACCCGCAAUGGCCGGCCCCUUUUAAUUAGGCGCUCAUUUUCUGAUAGACACAGACACGCGGAAUUCUCGCCGCGAUCGUCGCUAGACUCCCCCCCUGAAGCGCAAGCGGAGACGCUGCCGGAAUCCCCGCUUCCCUCCGCCGCCCCUUCCCCCACAACUCCGCCAAUCGAGCCCCGUCCCACGUGGCUGGAGUAUGACAUGGCGCUACACGACAAAGACCUCCCACGUGCGUUGUCCAUCGCUACCGCUUUAGCCCCGCAGAAGACGACAGACGAAACCGCCCCAAAAUCCGCCGAAUUCCUGGAUUUACCCGCGGAGACCGCGGGGAUAGUGUCUGCUGGGGGACCGGGGCAGGCGCAGAUCGAAGGGGGGCCUGCAGGCAAGCGGGAAGUGCGGGGGGAGGAGGCGGAGGAGGAGGCGGAGCGGCAGCGGCGGUGGCUGCAGCUGCUGGAGGUGGGGAAGGCGGAGAGCGACCUGCGCGUGGUGGGGCAGACGUACGAGUGGCUGCGCUCCCAGGGGCUCCUCAGGAACUUUGGCCGCUUCCAAAACAGCAUAUUGGAGGGCGUGCCGCGGGUCGUCACUCCCAAGGUGCUCAAAGACCGGUCGGGCCUCGAAGCCAAGAACCUAGCCCCCCAGAAGUGGGGCAUGUCGUCUCCACUGCUCCCUAUCGCGCUCUUCGCAGCCUUCUCCGCCCUCGUGGAUGCGGGGGUGGACCUGCGCCCACUCACCUUCAUCUCGCUCGCCCUCGCUGUGGGGGACACGGUGUACCUGGGGGGGGCGGGCGCGGGCCAGCUGCUCAUGCUGCUCUGGGCGCCCUUCCGCGAGCGCGUGCUGGUGCACGAGGCGGGCCACAUCGUAGCAGCGUACCUGCUGGGGUGUCCGGUGCGGGGGGUGGUGCUGGACGCGUUUGAGGCGAUGCGCAUGGGGGUGAGGGGGCAGGCGGGCACGCAGUUCUGGGACGAGCGCCUCGAGGACGAGCUGCGUGCAGGCCAACUAUCAUCUGCCUCUGUCGACCGGUACAGCAUAGUGCUGUUCGCGGGGGUGGCAGCGGAGGCGGUGCAGUACGGGCAGGCGGAGGGAGGGGAGGGCGAUGAGAAUCUCUUCAAGGCCUUCCUCUCCAACCUGCAGCCCUCCUGGUCCGGCCCCCAGAUGGCCAACCAGGCACGGUGGGCAGUGCUGCAGGCGUAUUUGCUGCUGCAGCGCAACCGCGCGGCACACAGUGCAGUGGUAGAGGUGCUCAAGGCGGGUGGCGGCAUGGGGGACGUGGUGAUGGCCAUAGAACAAAACAUGGCCGGCUGA